CCCCUUGCCUCCUUGCGAACUCGACUCCUAGCGACCUCGCUCCACCCUCAACUCGACUGCCCAACCUAGUCAUCUGUCUUCGCCUUAUCCUUUGGACAAUUGGUCUCCCAGCUGAUGAAUUGACGAAAGCGGCACGUAUUGAGUUACUCCGUUGAGAAGUCAAAGGGAAGAUAAAAGCUCUGAAACAGGAAAACGGAGGUAGGAUGAGGAGUAAAGGGGAAAAAGAGGAAUCAGCAAGGGAUUCCAUAAGUAUACUGGCAGUGGUUUCAAUUUUUACUGUGUUUGUAGUUGGAGUAGUCAUUGGGUUAGCUUCGAGCACACACAUUGAUAAAUACAUGAACUUUCAAACUCAACAGCCCCACACAAACACUGCCUUCCUUGAUUCAGGAAAUAAUUUUGUUUGUGAGGAUUGUUUGAGCAUGGAGAGUUUUAUCCAUCCUAGCACUUUGAAUCAUGGAAUGAAAGAUGAGGAGUUGUUCUGGAGGGCAUCAUUGGUGCCCACAAAGAAUGAGUACCCCUUUCAGCGGGUGCCCAAGGUGGCUUUCAUGUUCUUGACCAGAGGAGCAUUGCCUAUGAUGCCUUUGUGGGAGAGGUUUUUUUAUCGCCAGGACAAGAACAAGUAUGGAAUUUAUGUGCAUGCCCCUCCAGGGUAUGAGUUCAAUGUGGCCAAUAACUCUGUUUUCUACAACCGCCAAAUCAAGAGUCAGAAAGUUGAGUGGGGAUCAGUAUCACUGGUUGAUGCGGAGAAGCGGCUUCUGGCCAACGCUCUUCUUGACUUUUCAAACGAACGGUUCCUUCUUUUGUCCGAAAGCUGUAUCCCACUUCACAGUUUUCCCACUGUCUACAAAUACCUCACUGAAUCACACCAUAGCUUUGUUGAAUCAUAUGAUGACCCGUCACGUUACGGUCGUGGCCGCUACAACCGUAGGAUGAAUCCCAAUAUCAAGCUCCCAGAUUGGAGAAAAGGGUCUCAAUGGUUCGAGAUGGGCCGUAUUUUGGCUAUCAAGCUAGUUUCGGAAACAAAAUACUACAACCUGUUUAAGAGUUACUGUCAUCCUUCUUGCUACCCCGAUGAGCAUUACAUUCCAACUUAUCUUCACAUGUUCUACGGACCCAUGAAUGCUAACCGUUCCGUGACUUACGUUGAUUGGUCGCUGGGUGGUCCGCACCCGGCAACAUAUGCUGCUGUCAACAUUACUGAAGGCUUCCUGGAGGGUAUAAGGUACAAUGGCACUUCUUCAUGUUCCUACAACUCCGGGAAAACGCAACUGUGUUACUUGUUUGCUAGAAAGUUUGCACCAAGUGCUCUUGGGCCUUUACUAAACAUAUCUUCCAAAGUGAUGGGGUUUUAAAAGUUUUGACUGAUAUUUUUUCCCUGUUCCUUCGUAAUUUGCUUGACCAUCAUUACAGAGGGGUUUGGCAUUUGAUUGUAUUUAGGCUACUUAGUUUCAUUGUUCUUUGUAGGGCAGUGUAUAGUUUAGGAGUUGGUCCAAUAAAUUAGUACCGAAGCAUUCAUGUAUGUACACUAGGUCAACCCUUAAGUGCAAAAAGCUUCUCAAAAGAGAGGCAUAUGAGAUGCUGCAAUUUUCACCCACCUAAAGAAAGAAGCAAUGCCCCGUUUUCAUUUUGUUACUUGUUGGUUGUUCUGCAUCCAUAUCCAGCAUGUUGGCAAUGAUGCAAUGUAAUCCAAUGUAAAUGGAUUUCUUCUUAA